AUGCCGCGUGUCAUCUGUAUCAACAUGUUAACUUUUUCCAGAGCGACCAUUGUAAAAGAUUAUAAAACAUUUUGGUUUGGAGUGAAAGCAGUGGUCCAAGCUGAAUCUGCAACUAGUGUUGUUGGUCCGACAUAUCAGUUACCAAAUAUUUCCAACUCUUUCGAAGAUAUAUCUCUAACAGAAUGUGGUGCAUCAAAAGGGUGUUUCCUGCAUCCACCAUCUUGUUCUGGAAAUGAUUGUAACUUGGGGGUGACUUAUAAACAGAACCAGGAUGAGACUUAUUCCUUUGAGAUGUUCGGACCAUCAGAAAGUGGUGCUGGUUGGGUUGGCCUUGCAAUUUCUGAAGAUCGCGUAAUGGGAAGCGAUCAGGCGUUUCUGUGCGCUGUUGUAACUGAUUAUGUUGGUAUUCAGUAUUCAUUCAACCCAGCUAAAUAUACCGUACAGGAAUUAACUCAAGGAUAUUCUGGUGUAGAAACGAAACUGGCUAGUGGUAUGAUCUACUGCAGAUUUACUCGAGAUAGAUUGUCAACUAUUGACUAUAAAGGUCCAGUGACCUUUGACCUUGGCAAAUCCGGGUAUCUUCAUUUAGCUCAUGGUUUGACUUAUGGUGAACUUGGUCAAGCGAAGAAACAUAUUGCUAUUCCAAUAAUAAGUUAUAAAUCAGUCUUUUUGAAUGAUUCUAUUAUUGAAUAUAAUAAGGAAGUAAAUGGAGCCCAAUCUCGAUAUAUACUUAGUCUGAGCGCUGUUGUUUGCGCCGUGUAUACCAUGUGUGUUUUAUCGCUCUAA